AGAUGCAGCAGAGCAGCUUGAGAAAAGAAGAGCAUCCAUUCAAAUUUCCUCCACUCAUUGACAGAGAUGUGGGCCGGAUUGGUUUUUUACCUUCUCUUGCCCUUUGUGCAGUCCUGCACUAAAGGUAAACCCAAAGAGUGUGAAGAAGCAAGCUUUGCACCCGGGUCCAACCUGGCCGGAGAAGGAUACGACGUGAUCAAGAUGCAGCGCAAGGGAGCUUUCGUCAUCAACACAGACGUCUGGAGGAAAAAGGACAAAUCCUGCACCCUCUGCAAGAACCCCUAUAUGGACGGGGCAUUACAAAAGCUUCCUCUGUCAGUGGUGGACUGGAGAACCAGCCAAAAAUGCACUGUGAAAGUCUCCAGUUCUCUGUACCAGUCCAGCGAGGACCUGGUGAGCUCCUGCGCCUCCUCUAUUGAGAACAACUGGGGUGCAAGUUUGGGGAUAGAGGCUAAAAAAACUACAGGCUCAAUAGUUUUGGCAGGAACCAAGUCAAAGCUUGCAGAGUACUCGAUGGAGAAGACCAAAAAAGACAAGUUCAACUUCGCAAGUCAAAGUAUUUCCUGUGCUUAUUACAGCUAUCGAGUUUCCAGCAAGCCUGUUCUCCAUCCUGAGUUCAGACGCUCUGUGAAGGAGCUUCCCAAGACAUACAACCUUCAAUUCAAGCCGCGUUUCUACAAGUUCAUUAACACCUUUGGAACCCAUUACAUCACAAAGGUAACUCUUGGUGGAACCGUGCACUCAGUGACCAGUAUCAGACAGUGUGAAACCGCUCUUCAGGGCUUAAGCACAGAGGAAGUGAAGGCCUGUUUGGAUUUGGAGGCAAAUCUCAGCAUUCUCGGCAAAGCGGACAUGAAAGCCGAAUCAAAACACUGUAGUGAAAACCAGGAUAAAACAGAGAGCAAAACCAGCUUCUCCAGCCGCUUUAAUGACAGGCUGACCGAGGUCACCGGAGGUCACACCACUGAGCCCGAGCUCCUUUUUUCAGGUGGGAAAGACCCAUCGGCUUAUAAAGAAUGGCUGGCGUCCCUGCCUCAAAACCCAGAUGUGAUUUCUUACUCCCUGGAGUCCCUGCAUGAGCUGAUCCCCACCAAAAACCCAGUGCGCAAACACGUGCGCCAAGCCAUCCACGACUACAUCCUUGAAUAUUCCCUUUGGAGGAACUGCACCGACCCCUGCACUAAUGGCGUCAAAACCAACCCAAACAAUCCAUGUGUCUGCACUUGCCACAACAAACCUGGAAUCACACCAGACUGCUGCCCGUCCAAACGUGGGCUUUCUCGGGUGCAGGUCACGGUCUUGAGGGCUCAAGAUCUUUGGGGUGACACGACCACAGCGACCGAUGGCUAUGUUAAAGUGUUCGACAAACAUAACGUGAAGGUUGGAUCCACGAAUAUGAUACUGAAUAACAACUCACCCAACUGGGGGCAAACCUUCGAUCUGGGUGACGUCGUCCUGGCAGAGAAUGACAGGAUUAAACUGGAGGUGUGGGAUGAAGACAGUAAAUGGGAUGAUGAUUUGUUGGGAACCUGUCAAGUAGCCAUAAAAGUAGGUCAGAACAGCGAUCUCUGCAGGCUGAAUCAUGGUUUGCUCUAUUACAAUACAAUAGUGACAUGCGCCCCAGGUUUGGCUGGCACCUAUUGUGAAAAGUAUGUGGGUUCCCCCAUGAACUUUCACCUGGAGAAGGUUUACGUGUCUCGAAAUGCACGACCUGUGCCACCAGAAAUACUUUUAAGCCAUGGAGUGCUUCUGGACAGACUUUACGUAUAUCACAAGGCAAAUUACAAUUCUACAGUUCUGUAGAUACUUUGGCUCUGGAUGAGAUUAUGUGGCUAUUUGCAAUAUAUCCUGAUUCUUGCUUGUAUUUAUUACUAUAAGAAUAUUAUAUUUUAUCCAAUUCUUUAUGUUUCUUUUAUUUCAAAACCUUGCAUAAUAUAUAUUUAGGCUAUACCAUUUUUAUAUGCCAUUUUUGCAUAUGUCUGGAUGAUUCUACAAUUGCAGUAAUUCUACAAUAGUCCGUGACUUGUUUUUUUCAGUUAUAUUUUGAAAUUAAUAUAAACUUUGUCACUUGUUAUAGAUCUCAAGGGUUUUUUGGUCAUAUUUAGUCAUUUUUAAAAAUAAUUUGUCACUUAUCACAAAUUUGUGCCCGACGAUAGAGUUGUCGUGGUCCUAACCUUCGACCACCACCCGUUCCACAAUGCACCGGCCCCUUACGGCUCCCCCUGCAGGUGGUGGGCCUGUAGGAGGAUUGCUCCUUCGGGCUAAGCCCAGCAGGGUUUCGUGGGGAAAAAACCAGCCACGAGGCGCAUGCAUAUAAGCCCCAACCCCAUGCCUGGCUCCAGGGUGGGGCCCCGACUGUGCCAUAUUGGGCGACGUGACGGCCCAUGAUGUUACUAAACUCAUCAGGGGUGUUUGAACCACACUUAGUCUGACCUGUCACCUAAGACCUUUUUGCAUUGGGAGACUCUACCAGGGGCAUUAGUCCCCGACAACAUAAGUACUCAGGCACUAAAACCACUCCACCGCGAUAAGGUGAAGGUUCAUGAAGGAGUACAGAGGUUCACAAGUGUGACUCAGCUGUGAUGAGAAUCAGCACCUCUUAGUCUGAGCCGAGGCCAUGGUGCUCCACCGGAAAAAGGUGGUUUGCCAUCUCCAGGUUGGAGGAAAGUACUUACCCUAGGUGGAGGAGUUCAAGUAUCUUGGGGUUUUGUUCACAAGUGAGGGAAGGAUGGAAUGUGAGAUUGACAAGCGGAUCGGUGCAAAAGCAGCAGUAAAGGAGCUGAGCUGAAAGCUAUAUUCAUGAGCUUUGGGUCAUGACCGAAAGGACAAGAUCUCCGAUACAAGCGGCCGAAAUGAGUUUCCUUCACUGGGUAGCAGGGCGCACCCUUAUAGAUAGGGUUAGGGGCUCUGUCACCCGGGGGGAGCUUUUUUUCAUAAUUGUAAUUUUCUUCACAUUGUUCUACAACAUGAAAUAGUUUUAGAAUAACUUUACAUAAAUGUACCAAUAAAUUGUUCGCCAAUUAUGUUACCAUACAACAGUUUGCCUUUACAUUAAUGUAAUUAUUUGUCCGCUAAUGUCCGCUAAUACAAUGUUAGAAUGACUGUAACUGAUAUGUAGUUGCAAAGUUUAUUCUGGUCGGCAAAAUAUGAAAGUUCAAAAAGUGUAUCUAUCUAUACUGCAUGAUUUCCAUGCUUGCACUAACAUUUUCUCAAUAACAUGCCACAUCUUUUGUAACUGUGCUGUUGUAAUAAUGCUUCUUUAAUCUGCAUUAUUACGAAUCACUUUCAUGUUUAAAGAAAGUAACAAUGUUCAAGUUGAUAAUUAAUUAUAUUGUUUUAAACAAAUGUGUAUCUUUUUUCCUGAUCAAUCUGUUUUGUUCAUAAAAUAAU